GGGGUGCAAGGGAGGAAGUUGCUGAUGGCUGGACGCCGUCUCCCAGCUCUGUCUCCAGCUGCAGGCAGCUCGCUCACACGGUGCAGUGAUGCAGCAGCACGGGGGUGCAUUGCAUGCACUGGAGAUGCUGCUGUGCCUCGUGCUGGGAGCAGCAGAUAGCGGGCAAGGGACUGGAGAGUGCAGGAACAGGACUGUGCUCACGGGUUCGGAUCUGCAUCUGCUGCUGGAGGAACCACUGCCACCGGAUUGGUCAGCUGUUCAGUGGAAAGUGACACUGGAGGCACAAGCCCGGCAGCGCAUCCUGACGGUUCGGAAGGACAAAAUCUACCACACAAACAGUUCUCUUUCUCAGAGAGCCACUUUCCACUGGGAGCCCCUCUCCCUGCAGAUCAGAGCUGUCACCCAGGCAGACAGCGGCAUCUAUAAUGCAGAGAUUGAAGAGUCGACUGGCUCUGUUUGGACCAAGUGCUUCCAUGUGUCAGUGUGGGAGCCCGUGGGCAGCCCACGCCUGGAGACACUUGUGCUACAGGAGGAACAGGGACGGUGCCACCUCCAGCUGUCCUGCACUGUGCCCGGGGCCACCGCUGUGUCCUACAGCUGGUCCCGAGACAGUGAUCCACUGGGCAACCAGAGUGUGCUGCUGGUGUCCGAGUAUGUCCAGCCUGUGCUCUAUGUCUGCAAUGUGAGCAACCCGGCCAGCUGGAGCACGGCCAGCAUUGACAUGGCCACAGCCUGCACCCAGAAAGGGCUGUUUGGUGCCGUCCCAUGGUGGGCCGUGACCGUGUUGUUGGUGCUGGCUGUCUGCAUUGCUGGCUCCAUCACCUUCUGGUGUUGGAGGAGGAGGGGGAAGGACUACCCUGCAGCGUCAACCAUUGUUGCUCCCUCAGAACACACUGACCCACCUCUGACUGUCUACGAGGAGGUGGGCAGAGUCCGAACUGGUCAAGAGCCUAACAGGAACAGUGAGGCUCAUGCAGUAGGAAACACUAUCUACGCCAUGGUCCACCCCAAAGAACAGAAGCCCAAAAGCCCUCAGAAUCCUGAAAGCUGCACCAUUUACUCCACUGUUCAACACAGGAUGAAGCAGCCCCCUCCUCUAUCCCCAGAUCCACGCUCUGCUUUGCAGUCCCCCUCCUUCAGAAGGAAGAAGUUGGACCCAGUUCUGGUUUCCACUGCCUACAUGGAGGUGACGGCACCUUUGAGACGCGGUUACACCCCAUCGCAGAGAUCAUCCCCAUCUCCCAUGGACCACCACAACUCCUGACCCUCACAGGCACUCGGAUCACCCCCAGCAGCCCGAGGGCUCACUGCGGAUGAGAACAUCCGGACUUGGGUUUUGCAAAAGCCACAACCCUAUCCUGACUGCUGCGGGGGGCUCAGCCCUGCACCCAACGGUCCUUCCUUCCCCCGACGUCCUCCGACGGCACGAGAGGCUCCGGGAGGAGGGGAGGGGAGGAGCGAAAGGGGACUCUGGCUUCAAAAAUCGCACCAAAGGCGAGAUCAAGGCUUUUAUUUGGGAUUAAAAUUAAACGUGUCUCUUUGAUGGGAACUCUCUCCCGA